AUGCCACUCACAGAUAAGGGGUCUGUUUCCUCUACCACCAAGGGCCCAACCAAAUACAAACAAUCGUCAUUAUUAUCCUUCUUUACAAACUCCAAACCCAAAGAGGCUAAGACGGCGUCGAACAGAGUCAGUGAUUCUGAGUCGCUAAUUUUAACUCCUAACAAUUCAUCUCCUUUACGCGAGGAGAAAAAGGAUUGCAAUAAGACACAAUUAUUCGUCAAUGGCACAGAGCAAGUGGCAGACCAUGCUGAAACAUUCAAUUUGAACAGCAAGAGUGAUGAGACUUUGGGAACCCCAAAGUCUCCAAACGAAUUCAAUACAGUCACUUAUCCGUUUGGCGAAACUAAACAAGCAUCCCCACUAAGCAACUCUAAGCGUAUGCGCGGAGAUAGCGUUGACGAGUCAUCGGAUGAGGAAAUUGUUUCAUUAAAUCCCAGAAAGCGCAAGGACAAGAGAAGACGUAAUAUCCUUAGUGACGAGGAAGAUGAAGAUUUUGAGCUUGGAAGCGACAUUUCUUUUGAAAUCAGUGACGAAGAGUUUAAGCCUGAAGACGAAAAUGAUGAUAUCCAAAUGGAUAGGGAGGGCUCACUGACUCGACUCAACACAAGUUCUGCAAAGUCGAAAGAUAGAAAUCCCAAGUCAUCAAACGGAUCAUCAAACGGGGAGGACAGCAGUGCGGCAGGCCAUAUGCUAACCAUUUCCCACAAAUUUGAGGCUACAUCAUCUUACUCUCCAACUCCUGAACAGAAAGUUAGAGUGACCAAACAAAAAAGACAGACACCACAGUCGAAGUUCGUGAAGGAGAACGAAGAGAGAUACCAAUGGCUGGUUAACAUUAAGGAUGCAGAGGGAAGAAUGGAAAAUGAGGCAGAUUAUGACCCAAGAACGUUAUUUAUACCCAAAUCUGCCUGGGCAAAAUUCACUGCCUUCGAAAGACAAUACUGGGAGAUCAAAUGUAAAAUGUGGGAUUCUAUUGUUUUCUUCAAGAAAGGAAAGUUCUAUGAGCUGUACGAGAAAGAUGCAGAUAUUGGGCAUCAGAAAUUUGACUUGAAGCUGGCCGGAACUGGUAGAGCUAAUAUGAGACUAGCUGGCAUCCCGGAGAUGUCUUUUGAUUAUUGGGCUAAGAAGUUCAUUGACGAGGGUUUCAAGGUCGCCAAAGUCGAUCAAAAAGAAUCACUGUUAGCCAAGGAAAUGAGAGAAAGAACUGCCAUCACUAAGGACGACAAAGUUAUCAAAAGAGAAUUAUCAUGUGUCUUGACUUGCGGUACUCUUACGGAUGAAGCCAUGCUUGGUGACGAAAUGUCCAAGUAUUGUUUGGCCUUAAAAGAGACAAUCAACAGCGACAAUACCAGAACAAUCGGUGUAAGUUUUGUCGAUACUGCGUCCGGAAAUAUUCGGUUGACACAAUUUGAUGACGACUCCGAUUAUAGUAAAUUGGAGACCUUGCUAGCCCAAAUUCAACCAAUGGAGGUUUUAGUUGAAAAAUCUAAAGUCUCGCCUUCAAUUGUUCGAAUGCUUCGUUUCAAUUCCCAGCCUCAUGCUGGAUUCAAUUUUCUUCGGAGCCAGAGUGAGUUUUGGGACUUUGAUACUACAUUUGAACAACUAACUCGUGGAAAGUAUUUUGAAGCUGCAGAUCUAGAUGAUUUAUCAAACUACCCUCCAGUAUUGGUUGAAUAUUACGAGAAUCGUUAUUUCGUUGGAUUUUCAGCCUUUGGUGCUCUACUAUGGUACUUGAAAUCCCUCAAGUUGGACAGCACAAUUGUUUCAAUGGGCAAUAUCGAGAGAUACGAUCCUUACAAAGCCAGUUUCUCAGAUACGUGCAUGAGACUUGAUGGAGUCACACUCCAAAAUCUAGAGAUCUUUUCCAAUUCUUUUGAUCAAAGUGAUAAGGGAACUCUUUUCAAACUUUUGAAUAGGGCAGUAACCCCAUUUGGAAAAAGGGCAUUCAAAAGCUGGGUAACACAUCCUUUAAUGUCUCACAGGGCAAUCAACUCACGAUUGGAUUCGGUUGAAGCUUUAUUGGCAGAUGGAGAAUUGAAGUGUCUCCUUGAACGGAAACUAGGAAUGCUCCCAGACUUAGAAAGAUUGCUAGCAAGAAUUCAUUCUGGGAACCUGAAAGUCCGUGAUUUUUCCCGCUGUGUCAGUGGAUUCCAAACAAUUGCCGAGCUUGUUGCGAGUUUGAAGACCUCGUUUUCAACCUCCAGUCUAAAAAUGGGAUCAAGUCUCGAAACAAGCUUGCAUUCUUUUCCUCCAGAACUUGACGACCAUAUUAAAGUAUGGAUUAACGCAUUCGAUAGAGAUCUUGCUGAAAAGGAGGGAGUGUUGGUUCCUGAGAAGGGCAUUGAACCCGAGUUUGAUGACAGCAAUAAGAAUAUGAAGGAAAUUGAGGCAAAGCUUCAGAAAGUCAUCAGCGAAUACCGCCGUGAGUAUCGAUGUCAAGAAAUAUGCUACAAAGAUAGCGGAAAAGAAAUCUUUUUAAUUGAAGUACCAUCAAAAGCAGUCUCCAAAAUUCCAAAUGAGUGGCAGCAAAUGGCCGCGACUUCAAAAUGCAAAAGGUAUUGGUCUCCGGAAGUGAGAACGCUUGUGAAAUCACUGAUGGAAGCAAGAGAACUUCAUAAGAUCUUAUGCGAGUCUUUGCAAACAAAGAUGUAUUCUAAGUUCAUGCUCUAUAAAAAUGUCUGGUCGGCAGCAAUUCAAUUAACUGCACAUAUGGACUGCAUUUUGUCAUUAGCGAGAGCCUCUGAGUCUCUAGGUAUGCCUGCCUGCAGACCUGAAUUCAUUGAUGAGCCAUUUGCCCAAAUCGAAUUUGAAGAACUUAGACAUCCAUGUUUUGUACCAGGCGGCAUCACAGGGACCAAAGAUUUCAUUCCAAAUGACAUAGCACUGGGAAAAAAUCAAAGAGAUCAUAUUGGUCUUCUGACUGGAGCCAAUGCAGCUGGUAAGUCAACGGUACUCAGAAUGACUUGUGUGGCUACCAUUAUGGCACAAAUUGGCUGUUAUGUUCCGGCUAAGAAAGCCAGAUUGACGGCGAUAGAUACUAUCAUGACAAGAUUGGGAGCCAAUGAUAAUAUCAUGCAAGGAAAGUCAACAUUCUAUGUUGAACUAUCAGAAACAAAGAAGAUGCUAGAGUCAUGUACCCCUCGGUCAUUGAUCAUUCUGGAUGAAUUAGGUCGUGGAGGAUCAUCCAGCGAUGGUUUCGCUAUAGCAGAGGCGGUUUUGCACCAUUUUGCAACGCACAUCCAAUCAAUUGGAUUCUUUGCCACUCAUUAUGCCACUCUGGGCAAUUCUUUUUUGAACAACCCCAGAGUCAAACCAUUAAGAAUGGGAAUCAUUGCCGAUGAUACAUCGAGAGAUAUUACCUUUUUGUACAAGUUGGAACCCGGAGAAUCAAGUGGAUCUUUUGGCAUGCAUGUAGCAGCCAUGUGUGGUAUUUCCAAAGAUAUCAUUGAUAAUGCCGAAGUAUCAGCAGAGAAAUGGGAGCAUACAUCAAAGCUGAAAAAGGCUAAGGAACAAGAAAUUAUUGUUCCACUUGGACUUCAAAGUGAUGUGUGCUGGAUGUUAGACUCGAGGUCUAUCGGCGCGGAUGGAAUUUUGGUCUAUACCGACGACAUGCGAAAAAACGCACUUUCGAGUAUGUUCAGUGUUAUUGAACGUCUCUAA